AUGGCAAGAGGUCCUGACGACCCGUAUCCGUAUGAACUGCUCGCAUCUUCACGCUGCCCACCAAAGCCACGAGGGAGAACAAGGCAGGGGGGCAUGGGGCCGUGGUCGACUUGCCUUCCUUGGGAGCUCCAACCGCCCAGGGUGCCACGCUGUGUUUGCCUGUCAAAUGGAGCUAACGGCGUGGCAAUCAUGUACGCUAGCCUCUGCGGAUACAGCAGAAGCUAG